AUGGAAUUUAAACGAUUAACUUCCUUUAAAUUGGAAUAUGCUCCACAAUACCACAUUACUAAAUACAUAUCUCCAAGGACUAAGUUACAAUUAGUUCAUAUUAACCAUAAGUCUUCUCCUUUAGUACAAGGUUAUUUUGCUGUUGCUACAGAAUGUCCCACUGAUUCUGGUACGCCACAUACUUUGGAACAUUUGAUAUUUAUGGGAUCGAAGAAAUAUCCAUAUAAAGGAUUUUUAGACACUGCAGGUAACCUUUGUAUGUCAUCAACUAAUGCCUGGACCGCUACAGACCAAACAGUUUACACAUUGACCUCUGCUGGUUGGAAAGGUUUUAAAAAAUUAUUACCUGUGUAUUUAGAUCAUAUCUUGAAUCCAACUUUAACUGACGAAGCUUGUUUGACAGAGGUUCAUCAUGUGGAUCCAGAGGCUCUUACAGAUAAAGGUGUUGUUUAUAGUGAAAUGGAUGCCAUCGAGUCACAAAGUUGGUUUGUUACAAUGUUAGAGAAACAAAGAAUGUUAUUCCCAGAGGGGAGUGGAUAUAGAUCUGAGACAGGUGGUCUUACAGAAAAUCUAAGAGAUUUAACAAAUGAAGAGAUUAGAAAAUUUCAUCAUGAUUUAUAUUCAUCAAGUAAUUUAUGUUUAAUUAUUUGUGGUAACGUUCCAGAGGAUGAAUUAUUAAAUAUUGUAAGUGAAUGGGAUGCAACUUUACCUGAAGUCGAUCAUACUAAUAUAAAGAGACCAUUUAUGGAUACUGAAAUUUCACAAAUUCCUGAUAAAAGGACAGAGACCAUUGAAUCUGAAGUUGAAUUUCCUGAACUAGAUGAAAGUCAAAGUGAAAUCCUUAUGGCAUGGAUUGGUGAAAGAUAUAGAGAUUAUGAAAAUGAUCUAGCUGUAUCAAUCUUAUUGGAAUAUUUUACAGAAUCUGCUUUGGCGCCUUUCACCAAGAGUUUGGUCGAAAUAGAAGACCCAUUGGCUAAUUCUACUGAUUAUUGGACUGACGAUUUCAUGAGAUCAAUUGUUAAUAUUGGUAUACAUGGUGUUCCAACUGAAAAAUUACAAGAAACCAAGGAAAAAGUUUUGGAUAUUUUGAAAACUCAUAAGAUUGAUAUAGAAAGAAUGAAGCAAGUCAUUGAUAACAAUAUGUGGGAAUAUAUUUUAAGAUGUGAAAAAAAUGGUGAUAGUGCAUUAUCACAGGCCGUUAUUACAGAUUUUUUGUAUGGGAAUCAAGAUGGUUCGUCCCUAUCUGAGAGCUUGAAGGAUAUUUCUGAUUUUGCAGCAUUGGCUCAAUGGCCUGUUGAAAAAUGGCAAGAUUUGUUAGAUCGCGUUUUCAUUAAGAAUAAGCCAGUUAUUGUCCUUGGUAGACCAAGUUCGGCUCUUUAUGAGAAAAAUGAAGUAUCUACUAAAGAAUUUAUUAAUAAAAGAAAGUCUGAAAAUUCUACUGAUGAUAUUGAAAAAAUGAUAAAUGAUUUGAAAAAUGCGUCCUUGAAGAAUGACAAGAUUAUACCUGAGUCACUAUUAUCAAAAUUCCAAAUAGAAAACCCAGCUCACAGUGUUGAUUUUAUUAGCACUGAAACAGUUGAUACAAUGAAGGACCUAUCCAAUGGUGAUGCUGGUAAUCUGAGAGAAUCUGUGCUGAAAAAUAAACCAAAGGAUUUCCCACUAUUUCUUUAUGCGCAACAUUUCCAAUCUCAAUUCAUUGAGUUCCAUUGUGUAUUAGACUCUACAUUAAUUGAAGAUGAAUCACUUCUAUCAUUGUAUCAUAUAUUUAACGAGUUAUUCUCAAUGCCAAUGAAUGAUGACGAUGUGACUUCAAGUAAGCUGAUAUCAUAUGAAGAUGUGGUUUCACAAUUGAAAACGGAUACUGUGGAUUAUCAUAUUUCUCUUGGAGUUCAGGGUACAGCUCCAGAUUUGAUUGAUUUCAGAUUGAGAUGUAAAAUUGAUAAAUACGAGGAUGCUGUUGCGUGGAUUAAACACUGUCUCUUCGAUAUGGUAUUUGAAGAAAAACGUGUAAAAGUAUUAUUAGAAAAUUACGUCAACUCUAUUGUUGAGUUAAAGAGAGAAGGUGAUAUUAUGCUGGAUUCAUUGAUCAACAGAAAACUGUACUCCGACAGAAGUGUCAAGAAAUCAGUUGAUCCGUUAUUUGUCGAAGAAAAACUUGAAGAAAUUUUAAAUGCAAUUGAAGAUGGUCGUUUUGAAAAAGAUGUUUUACCAAAAUUGGAAUCUUUAAGAAAGCAGAUGGUUCAAAAACUUGAUAAAUUCCAAAUUAUCGUGUUAGGUGAUAUGGAUAAGAUUGGCUCAAAGCUAUUCACUCCUUGGACAUCUCUAGUUGAGUGUAUAAAGAAGGGAUCACCUCAAAGUCAUAAUUUCUCUAACGCAGUGCCAAUUAUCCCAAGGUCACUUGAUACAAUUACAGAUUUAUGUCGUUCUCCAGGUGGCAAAUCCUUUAUUAUUUCCACACCAGCUUCUGAAUCAUCUUAUAUGAAUGUGAUUACCUCUGUGCCAUUUAAUUUAGACUUCGACCAUCCUGAUUAUGCUAUUGUUUCUUUGGCAUCGGAAUACUUGCAAUGUGUCGAAGGUCCAUUUUGGAAGGGUAUUCGUGGGUCAGGACUAGCCUAUGGUGCUAAUAUGAUUAAGAUGAUCCAAAUUAAUUGUUGGGGAUUUAAUAUCUAUAGAGGAUCCGAUAUUAUCAAAUGUUAUGAAACUGGGAAGCAGAUUGUAGAAGGAUAUGCAGAUGGUACUGUUAAAUUUGAAGAGCAACUAAUUCUUGGUGCAAUUAGUAGUAUUAUUAAUAGAAUUGCUACAGUUGAGAACGGUUAUGUGGCUGCUGCAAUGUCAAAGUUUGUAGAUGAUAUAUUAUUGAAGAGAGGUCCUGACUUUAACAAAAAAUUCCUUGCAAAGUUAAAUGAUGUUACUGUGGAAGAUCUAAAAAGGAUUAUGCAAAAGUACUUCGUCAACUUAUUCGAUAAGGAAAAGAGUGCUGUAUUUGUCAGCUGUCAUCCAACUAAGACUAAGUCUAUUAAUGAAUUCUUAGAGCAGCAAGGAUUUGAAGUUGAAAUUGAGGAAUUGGAAGAAGACGAAGACUCCGAAGAUGAAGACGACUGA